UUAGCUUUGACUGUCUCUUCUGUUUUCUCUUCUCAGUUCUCAGUCACGAUAGAAACCCCUAAACCCUCAAUCGAUCGGAGAACAUCGCCGGCGGUGCCGUUGCUGUGGUCCACAACCUUCUCCAGAAUGGGAGAGCUCAUGACUGAAAAGCAUGUUAAGUACAUCUUAUCAGUUGAAAAGAAAAAGGAUGAUUUUGAGUCUGUGGUGAUGGAGCACCUAAGGGUAAAUGGUGCUUAUUGGGGAUUGACAACACUUGAUAUUUUAGGAAAGCUUGAUGCAGUGGAUCAAGAUGAGGUUGUGUCAUGGAUCAUGCAGUGCCAACAUGAAUCUGGUGGUUUUGGUGGUAAUAUAGGGCAUGAUCCUCACAUAUUGUACACACUGAGUGCCAUUCAGGUUUUGGCGCUGUUUGACAAGAUAGAUGUUCUUGACGUUGAGAACGUUGCAAAUUAUAUUGCAAGCCUACAAAAUGAAGAUGGAUCAUUUUCUGGUGACAUGUGGGGUGAAAUAGAUACAAGGUUUUCGUAUAUUGCAAUAUGUUCUCUUGCAUUAUUACAUCGCUUGGACAAAAUAAAUGUGGAAAGAGCUGUAAAGUACAUUGUCAGUUGCAAGAAUUUGGAUGGUGGAUUUGGAUGCACACCUGGAGCAGAAUCUCACGCUGGGCAAAUUUUCUGUUGUGUCGGAGCUCUUGCUAUUACUGGUUCUCUGCAUCAUGUUGAUAAGGACCUCCUUGGAUGGUGGCUCUGUGAACGACAAGUAAAAUCUGGAGGUCUGAAUGGGCGUCCCGAGAAGCUUCCUGAUGUCUGCUACUCAUGGUGGGUUCUUUCUAGCCUAAUCUUGAUUGAUAGAGUUCACUGGAUUGACAAAGGAAAGCUUGUUAACUUCAUCUUGGAUUGUCAGGAUAAAGAAAAUGGAGGAAUUUCAGAUAGGCCAGAUGACGCUGUUGAUGUCUUCCACACCUAUUUUGGUGUCGCUGGUCUUUCACUUCUCGAAUUUCCAGGAUUGAAGGCUAUAGAUCCAGCUUAUGCAUUGCCCGUCGAAGUUGUAAAUAGAAUUUUCCUUGGAAAAUAAACAUAGCAACUAAUACAACUCGCUGGUGAUGACACAUUUUGCCCAUCUUUCUUUCUUUGACUUGAAAAUAAUUAAAAUAAUCAAGAAACCUUGGCAAAUAUGUUGUGUACUUGUCUUGAUUAAUUUCCCGAUAUGGGUUUUGUUAGUUUGCCACAGCCUCCAAUCAUGAUGGCAUGAAUUAAAAUCAUGGCAAGUGUGCCCUAUCUGGUUGCAUCCUAAUGUUACAUUGGUUCAAGAUUUAA